GGAGAACCUGUUGAAAAUAAUCACUUCAAGGAACCUUUCACAGAGGGGCAGCAGGACAUCCAGCGAGACACCAACUGAGAUGGGGGGCAGUGGAGAGGAGAAGGAGAGUGUGCAGGGGAGGUUUCACAGGAGACUGUCUCGUUUGGGGAGCAGAGGCUCUAUUAGAGAGCCACCCAGACCUCCACCCCAACCUGUCCAACCCUCAGCCACAUCUCCGCCCCUAGCCCCGGCCCCAGCUCCAGCCCCGGCCACAGUUGACAGUCCCACUCCCCCAGCAGCGAAACCUCCAACCCCUGCAGCCCCAGCCCCUAAACCCUUGGAGCUUCCCCUGAAACCCACUGAUAUAAGCCUGAAGCCAAGCCUCCCUCCAAGGCCUCUAACCAGGUGGUUCAGCAGCAAUGAGCAUGGCACCACAGUCCUACAGGGAUUUGAGUUGUUCCGUGGUGAUGAGACUCUGUGUGAUGUCAUCCUAGUGCCUGGGGACAGCAGUGACACCUUCCCCGUGCACAGAGUCAUUAUGGCCUCUGCCAGCAACUACUUCAAAGCCAUGUUCACUGGGGGUAUGAGAGAACAGGAUAUGAGGGAGAUUAAGCUCCAUGGGGUGAGUAAAACAGGUCUGAAGAACAUCAUAGAGUUCAUCUACACAUCCCGGCUGAGUCUGAGCAUGACCAACCUGCAGGACACUCUGGAGGCUGCCAACUUCCUCCAGGUCCUCCCCGUCCUCGGCUUCUGCAACAAGCUGCUCAGCACUGAGAUCACCAUUGAUAACUGUAUGGAGGUGGAGCGCAUCGCCGGGGACCUGCUCCUGGAGGAUGUACAGGCCCACAUUGGGAAGUUUGUAUGUCAGAACCUGUCAGCAUUGCUACAGUCUGGCCACUAUCUGCAGCUCUCUCAGCCCAGCCUGGCCAACGCCCUGGCCAGCGACAGCCUCAAGGGUUUCUCUGAGAUGGAGCUGUACCGCAUCGCCUGCUCCUGGCUGGACCACGACCCCCCCACCCGCCGCUCCGCCGCCUACUCCCUGAUGAGCCAGGUACGCUUCCCCCUCAUGACCCCCACUGAGCUGCUCGAGAUCUCCCAGGAGGAUGAGGGGCACGAUGAUGGCGGAGCGGCCAUGAUGCGCUCGGACACGGCCUGCGUCAACCUCCUGCUAGAGGCCAGCAACUACCAGAUGAUGCCCUUACUCCAGCCUUCAUUACAGACGGAGCGCACACGCAUCCGGUCGGACUCCAAACACCUGCUGGCGCUGGGCGGGGUGAUGAAGCAGCAGCUGGUGGUGAGCAGGGAGCUGAGACUGUAUGAUGAGGAGAUCGGCCAUUGGAGGGCGCUGAAGCCUAUGGAGGUUCCCCGCUACCAGCAUGGUGUUGCCCUGCUCGGGGGCUUUCUCUACAUCGUAGGCGGCCAGAGCACCUACGACACCAAGGGCAAGACGGCGGUGGACAGCGCCUACCUCUACGACCCGCGCUUCGACCGGUGGUUGCAGGUGGCCUCGCUCAAUGAUAAGAGAACCUUCUUUCACCUGAGCACCCUGAAAGGGAAGCUGUAUGCUGUUGGGGGCCGGAACGCCUCAGGAGAGAUUGACACCAUGGAGUGCUACAACCUUAGAAGGAAUGAGUGGACAUUCGUGUCUCCCAUGGUCGACCCCCACUACGGGCAUGCUGGGACAGUCCAUGGUGACCUGAUGUAUGUCUCAGGCGGAAUCACACGGGACACAUUCCAGAAGGAGCUGUUGUGUUAUGACCCUGAGACUGACGCAUGGAGUCGCCGUGCCGACAUGAUGGAACUGCGUGGCCUACACUGCAUGUGCACAGUGGGCGAUCGGCUCUAUGUGAUGGGAGGGAACCACUUCCGGGGCAGCAGCGACUAUGAUGACGUACUUAACUGUGAAUUCUACAGCCCUGAGGUGGACCAGUGGACAGUGGUGGCGGCCAUGCCACGGGGCCAGAGUGAUGUAGGGGUGGCCGUGCUCCAGGGCCAGAUCUACGUGGUUGGGGGCUACUCCUGGAACAGCCGCUGCAUGGUGGACAUUGUGCAGCGCUACGACCCAGAGAAGGACGAGUGGGACCGGGUGUUCAAUGUGCUGGAACCCCUGGGCGGCAUCCGGGCCUGCACCAUGACCGUGCAUCUGCCUGAGGGUGCCGUGGACAACGGCAAGAUGAAGGAGUGCCCGCUGGACACUGCCAAGAACUGAAAGCUGAGAUCAAGAACAUAUAGAUUUAGCUUCUCUGUGUUUGAGAUGCUGGAAAGUGUGACUUUUUUUGUGGGAGAAGUGGAAAAUGUGCAGUAGAAUUUCUCGAAUAGGUCCCACAAGGGGUUGGAACCGGUUCAGGAAACACAACAGAAAACCAGAAAAUAACAAAACAUCUCAAAGAACAGAAUUGGAACCGGGAAUGAAAGUGAUCCAUACUGUUCCGGAACUGAACCGUUAUUUUUUAAAUGCAUGGCAGCCGGGUUAAUAACGUUUUUUUUUUUGUCCCACAAAAAAAUGCAACAAAGUAUCUAUGGAAAGCCCUCACUCUGUCAAUAAGAAACAUAUUCCAGUGUCUGCCUGCAAGAUAAAUCUUUGCCUGUGAUUUUGAGUGUUUAGGCUAUCUGCCCCUCCCCCCUUUGACGUUACAAGCGUGAUUCAGAAGACAGGGAGAGAUUUUUUUAUAUAUAUUUUUUAAUUAGAGAAGAAUGGAUUAUCUUGUUCAGUGCUAAUUAAGGAUACUAUAAACCCAGUUAUCAAGUUUCAAGUUGGAUUUAUUAACUACAAAAAGGUAAGAUGUUUUUAUUCUGCUGCCGCUCUGCACACACGAGUUUGUUAUCUAACUAGCUCAAGCUUGUUAGCAAGCUAGCUCAAAGGACAGUCAGUUUCUCCAUACAAGCCGCUACUCAUAGGUAUAAUUCUGUGGACCUAAUUCAGAUAAUGCAUGUCAUAACAAGAUGCCCAGAUCUUCAAGCCUCCUCCUCAACCCUCUCUCCCCACCCGUAAAAUAUCAGUUGCAUCUUCCUUUAUAGGCUACAUUUCUGUCCAUCACGCAUGUAAACAACUAGUUUGCCUGUUCUAUCCACACUGAUUGGUGAAGUAAUUUAAUGAGCUAAAUGUUAAAAAAAAAACGGUUGAUUUCACAGGUUAAAAAAGAAACAGGGGCACUGCAUUGCAGUGCUAGCUGUGCCACCAGAGACUCUGGGUUCGAGCCCAGGCUCUGUCGCAGCCGGCCGCGACCUGGAGGUCCAUGGGGCAAUACACAAUUGGCCUAGCGUCGUCCGGGCUAGGGAGGGUUUGGACGGUAGGGAUAUCCUUGUCUCAUCGCGCACUAGCGACUGUGGCGGGCCGAGCGCAGUGCACGCUAACCAGGUCGCUAGGUGCACAGUGUUUCCUCCGACACAUUGGUGCGGCUGGCUUCCAGGUUGGAUGCGCUGUGUUAAGAAGCAGUGCGACUUGGUUGGGUUGUGUAUUGGUGGACGCAUGGCUCUCGACCUUCAUCUCUCCCGGGUCCGUACGGGAGUUGAAGCGAUGAGACAAGAUGGUAACUACUAACAAUUGGAUACCACGAAAAUUGGAGAGAAAAGGGGGUAAAAUUAAAAUAAAAUAAAUAAAAAACAGAAAGGAAUGAUUUAAACCAGUACUUUUUGAGGGGGGGUUCAAACCAAGUUCAGAACUUUAUUUUUCUGGUCAGAACAGUAGAACGGAACAACAACAAAGUGGUUCUCUUCAGAACAAUAUGAUUGGGAAAACAUUUUGGUUCAAAUCCCUGGGUCUCAGCUAUGUAGUUGACUGACUGUAAGUUUCCACUCCUUGAGUCUAUUUUGUUGGAACUAUCAUUGUAUCUGAGUGACUUCUGCUAUGCUCUAAUGUAGAACACUUGUGUUUUUAACUUUUGGCAUUGUAUUUUCAAACUGUAAAUGAUAGCUUAAAUUAUGUUUGAUUGAUAAAAUAGUAUUUUGUAUUGUAUAUGAAUGACUAGUGUAUUUUAAGAAAUUAAAAUGCAUACUAUGAAUCAUCCUUUUCAAGUCAAACCAAACACCACACAAUCUAACAUGUCAUCCCACUAACUAGUCUAGAGGGGUUGAUUGAGUUGAAGGGAUGUGGGUUGAACAUGGAGGUCUUUGCAUGUUUCAGCUGUUGCCUUGGCACAGUGACAUUGUCCUUCAUCCUCCAGAUAAGACAGCAGAGAGGGAGGCCCUAAUACCAGACCAAGGUCUACUAACACGUCUGUUAUCACAGGGAGAUGGAGAGCUUAUGAAACUGGAAACAAACUCAAUAGACACCUAAACCAUCCCAUAACAGACAUGUCCAGUGUGUUACUCUAGAAUCUUGAGCUGUUCAAAAUGUCACAAAACCACCUGCAAUCGCAUACAUUUGGCAGUUUAUGAGAGGAUAAAACUACUUCAACAUAUGCUACUCAUGACCAAACUGAUCCUAAUGCAGAUCCGGAUUAGGUUUAAAAUCUGGAAUAAAUGACACAGGGUGAAUAUAUAGAUGUUUUAUAGAGCAUGUAGAGAAUCCGUGGCCAAGCCUGUCAAAAUAAACCAGCCAGAGCCACUAAAUCUGAUAAACUGACUCUGGUCAGUUUAUCACUGUCAACAGGGGACAAAAACUAAUUGUUAGUCAGAUGUCGCCUUGACAUUCAAGUCUUCUGUUUUCCAUGGCUGGUCUGUGACCUGUAGCCUUGGCAGCCGUCCUUGGCAGAUACUGGGAAAUAAAACAUCCCUGUCCUCCCUCCCUGUCUUGCGUAUGCCUGCCUGUAGACCUUGCCUCACUUCUCACCCCAGAGUGGCAGUUACCGGCACUUCUAGCACAUUCCCUCAGGCUAGAAAAAGGGAGUCAUCAGAGAGGGGAGAGGGGUGUUAAGUUAGUGUCUGCCAUGCCCUCGGGAUAGCAGAGGAGUUUUAGGACGGGACAAAGUCCGGAGUAUUGGUCAUUCCCAGUGCUUAGGAAAGGGAGUUUUCUGAAAAGGGUAGUAGUUUCAGAUUUUGGACUGGGCCAUGUCUCUGCAAGGUGAUGUGUGUGUGGUGACAGGAGCCUGUGGGUUCCUGGGAGAGAGACUGGUACGGCU